ACUUCACACCUUCUUGUAUCAUCAUAAUGUUGCAGUUACAGCAAGUCUCACGAAGACACGUAGCCAAACGGUUGCGUCAGGCUAGUGUACAGGUUGGUGCUUGGAAUUCACAAAGAGGACUUGCGACACCAUCAGGUCCAUAUGAUGCAGUUAUCAUCGGUGGAGGUCCUGGUGGAUACGUUGCAGCCAUCAAGGCUGCUCAACUUGGUUUAAAGACCGCGUGUAUUGAGAAGCGGGGUUCUCUUGGUGGUACUUGUCUCAAUGUUGGAUGUAUCCCAUCAAAAGCUAUGCUCAACAACUCCCAUAUGUACCACCAAACGAAACAUGAUCUGGAAAGGCGUGGCAUAGAUGUAUCUGGUGUUUCUCUCAACCUAACCCAGAUGCUCAAGGCUAAGGAUCAAUCUGUAACGGGCCUUACUAAAGGAAUUGAGACUUUGUUCAAGCAAAACAAAGUAGAUUACAUCAAGGGUUCUGCUUCUUUCGUAUCUCCUACGCGAAUCUCUGUCAAGCUUAACGAUGGUGGGGAAACCGAAGUUGAGGCCAAGAAUGUCGUCAUUGCUACGGGCUCCGAGGUUACACCAUUCCCAGGCGGUGGCAUUGAGAUUGACGAGAAGCAAAUUGUCAGCUCAACGGGAGCUCUGGAUCUUCAAAAUGUCCCUGAAAAGAUGGUCGUUAUUGGUGGUGGUAUCAUUGGGCUGGAGAUGGGAAGUGUAUGGAGCCGUCUAGGAGCUGAAGUCACAGUCGUAGAGUUCUUGGGUGGUAUUGGCGGUGUCGGGAUUGAUGAGGAAGUCGCAAAACAAUUCCAGAAGAUUUUAUCGAAACAAGGGAUCAAAUUCAAACUGAACACCAAGGUGCUAUCCGCUGAGAAGCAGGGUGACAAGGUCGUCAUCAAGACCCAGUCUGCCAAGGGUGAUAAAGAAGAAACCUUGGAUGCCAAUGUUGUUUUGGUUUCUGUUGGUCGUCGCCCUUAUACAGAGGGUCUUAACCUGGAAGCUAUUGGUAUCGAAAAGGACAACAAAGGUCGCAUUGUUAUUGACGACCAAUUCAACACCUCGGUCAAGAACGUGAAAUGUAUCGGUGACGUGACAUUCGGUCCUAUGUUGGCACACAAAGCCGAGGAGGAGGGUAUUGCGGCUAUUGAGCAUAUCAGCGCUGGACAUGGGCAUGUCAACUACAAUGCUAUUCCAUCCGUUGUGUACACACAUCCCGAGGUUUCCUGGGUUGGCAAGACCGAACAAGAGUUGAAGGCAGCUGGCGUGAAGUACAAUAUCGGAAAAUUCCCCUUCGCCGCUAACUCGAGAGCGAAGACGAAUCUUGAUACCGAAGGCUUCGUGAAAUUCCUCUCCGAGAAAGAAACAGACAAAAUCCUUGGAGUCCACAUCAUCGGCCCCAAUGCUGGUGAGAUGAUCUCGGAAGCCGUCUUGGCCAUGGAGUAUGGUGCCAGUUCAGAAGACAUUGCCAGGACUACUCACGCUCACCCUACGCUCAGCGAGGCUUUCAAGGAAGCUGCUAUGGCGGCAUACCAAAAGCCCAUCCACUUCUAGAGGCCAGGAGGACACUAUGAUUAUCAUCAAUGCCGUAGACAGCUCUCCAUACAACCUAUUCAUUAUUCCAUUAUUUUGACAACUGCUAUGCUUAAUGAAAUUCUGCAAUUAUAAUCAGCCAUC